GGGGGCCAGAACCUAGUGGUAUUUGGGGGUCCAGAACCUAGUGGUAUUUGGGGGGCCUUGUCGUGGAAAAGUUUGGGAACCCCUGCUCUAGGGAACCUAUGGGCAGAAAUAAACGAAUGCAGUUGAAAACAGAACCGAUUAAUAGAACAAAUAAGAUACAUCAGGACGAUUUAUUGAUCAACAUACAUCCUAUCCUCCAUUUACCUCCUUGUUUCACAGUGGUACUACCAGUGACCCUAACCCCCCCCCCACCACUACACACACACACACUGUCACUAAUGGCCUGUUAUUUGUAUGUAAACAAGCAAAACCCAUUUACUUGCAUGAUAAUAGCUUCACCCCUUCCCUGCCUCCCCUGUCCAUUCACGCCUAUUUUUUCAUGUCAUUUCAGCCACUCUCAGCUCAGGCACCUCUCCCCUCCCCUCCCCUCCUCUCCUCUCCCCUCCUCUCCUCUCCUCUCCCCUCCCCUCCUCUCUGUCCCUCUUUUUCCCCAACUCCCACUGGUUUUGUUCAGUGACCAGCACCGAAGUCCUCUGUCAUCUCUCUCCGCACCUCUCUCUCUCUCACACACACACACACACACACACUUUUCCCCUGCGUGUAUCGCACACCCUUGCUUUGGUCAGUUGGAUCCUAACUCUUUCUCUGGCCCAUUGGAGCAUCCAUUCUGCUGCAUCUGGGAUGGACUGUGAGGAUCUCCGGGCAGGCUAGAGUCUGUGAAGCCUGGAGGCUUGCAGGACUAUCUAUAUAAUAGGCUAGGUUUGGACUACAACUACUCUACAGCCCUCUUCUUCAGUGUGUAAAAGAGUGUUUGUGUGUGUGUGGUUGAGUGUGACUGUGUGUGUGUGUGUGUGUGUAUGUGUGUGUGUGUGUGUGAGGCCAUUCUGUGAUUGCGUAUGGGACAGAAGAGAGGGGAUGGACGCGUGUGGAACCUCGCUGGUGCUGAUUCUGCUGUUUUGGCUGGGUGCAGGGAGUCGGGCAGCCGAUAUAUAUUGGACAUACUCAGGUCAGAUGGGCCAGCCGCAGUGGUCGGAGUUCUUUCCUGACUGCGGCGGGUCGGGUCAGUCCCCCAUCAACGUGGACUCGGCCCAGACCAAGUUCGAGCCCAGGCUGCCAGCGAUCCGGCCGCUGGGCUACAGCCAGCACAGCAACGAGCCCUUCACCCUCUCCAACAACGGCCACACGGUGGUGAUGCCCUUACCCAGCUGGAUGGGCAUAGGCGGGUUGCCAUGGCAAUUCAGUGCGGUCCAGCUCCACCUACACUGGGGCAACGGGGCGAGUGUGGCGACAGGCAGUGAACACACCAUCAAUGGACGCAGCACUGCAGCCGAGCUCCACAUUGUCCACUAUAACUCCGAGUUGUAUGAGAAUAUCUCCAUGGCGAUGACUCAGCGGGAUGGUCUGGCGGUCCUGGGAGUUCUCAUGGAGGUCGGUGAGGAAACAAAUCAGGCAUACGCCAACAUCAUCAACUACCUGAGCAGAAUAAGACAUGCAGGUGACAAAGUGACUAUCCCUGCGUUCGACAUCCAGACCCUGCUGCCCAAAGACCUGCGGAGCUACUAUCGCUACAACGGCUCUUUGACCACCCCGCCCUGCUACCAGAGCGUCCUCUGGACCGUCUUCCAGGAGACUGUCAAACUGUCUCUGCCCCAGCUGGUGAAGCUGGAGACGCUGCUGUACUCCACAGAAGAGGGGAGCUCUGAUCCCUUGGUGCUCCAGGACAACUAUCGUGCCACCCAGCCACUCAACCAGAGGGUGGUCCUCGCCUCCUUCAAACACACAGGGGUCAAAGUCUACAAUGCAGGUGAAAUUGCAGCGAUAGUGAUGGGAUCACUGUGUGGAUGUGUGGGCCUUGCAGUGAUCGUUCGCUUCAUAAUAAAGACCAUACGAAGUAAAGAUAUGGAGAAGGCACUGAAGCAAGACAUGGCUUUAAAGACAGCCACCGAGUCCAGCAAAUCAGCAGAGCCCACUCAGUCUGAACCCUGAACUUUGACCUCUCACCACAUCUUUCAUCUUUCUUGCUCUUUGCAUGAUCCAGAGCCCUCCUUCCUUCUCUUAUCUCUUCAUCCUCCCAUUCUCACCACUCCUCCAUUUCUCUCUCGGUUUCUAUCAACCAAGCCUAUAUAUACUCUGCUGUAUAUAUUCCACCCUGCUCAUUUCUCUCUUUCUCUCUCUUUCUCUCUCUUCUUUCUCCUCGUCUGUUCCCCUCUCUCCCCUGGCCAGUGGUAAGCAUGUCUGUGUAAUUGGUUAUUUAAAUGUCUCUCUUGAACUGAUGUCAGGUUGGAUCGAUGGUCUUAGUUACUGUGUGCUUAUUAUCAUUCUGUACAUACUCUACUGUGAACAUCUGUAAUAAACGAAUGCUGUGACCACCA